UUGUCCAAGAUUAGCGGGAGUGCAGAGGGACUGAGAAACAGAUCGCCGGGACCAUGAGCACCAGCCUGCGGCCACUGCCCUCAUUGGCGUGAAGAGGGAUUAAAGCGGGCGGAUGAACCCUCUAUUCUACAUCUUCGCUUUAACUCUCACCAGACUGUUGCUUAUGCAGUUCGCUCUACUUACACAGAGAAGGCAAGUGAAGCGAGUUUGUUUCUACUGUUACCUCCAUCUUAGCCUGGACUGCCAUAUUUUCACAUUCAUAAACACUGAGACUGGGAUUUCUCUACUCUUGUUUUGCAGUCUUGCUCUGUGUCUACCAAAAGCAGACGCUACUAGCAGUGAUAAUGCAAGUAAACUGAAGGAAUUAAAAGCAGAGUUGAAGGAAAUUUUACAAGUAGUGAAAAGUAUGCAAAAACAAAUGGAGGAAAAGCAGAACAAUGAAUCACUUUUGUAUACUCAAAAAGGUCUACCUGAAUUAAGAUUAUACACUCCUGAACGGGUACCUCGUGACUGUUUUGAAACUGCUUUCAAUUGCUUCAUUCAAGAACUGCAAGUGUUGAAAUUUGAAUUGUCAUUUGACUCUUACAAAUUAACACACAUGAAGAUAUUGACUAAAAAUGCGAGAACAUUUUCGGAAUUUAUCAGACCAAAGAAUUGUACCAUAUGUGAAGAAUUCCAAGAAAAAAAGACAUCAGAUUUUCUAAAGGCCUUUGAAACUCUUCUCCAACAGAAGUAUAAAGUGUUGUAAUACUUAUAGCAUAAACCAAGUUGUAUGGUAUGUAAAUAGUGGUUUGAAUUUUUUAUAAAUGCCAAAAUAAUUUUUAUAAAUGCUGAUUUUUUUUUUGUGAAUGUUAUAUUUAACUUAACCUCAUGUAUUUUAUGUAAAUGCUUGAAAUUUAAUGUUUAUAUUGUAUAUAUUUUUUAUAAAAGCUAUAAUAUUGCUGAAUUUUCUUUGUAAAUGAUGAAGCUAUGAACUACAUAAUAUGAAGGUGUAGUAUGUACAAUGCAUAGAAACUGUAUGAAUUAAAUCCUGUACACUUUUCACUAAUCCAAUCAUCAAAGAUAUGUAGGCUUUCUCAGAACCUAUUCAAGCCAUACCAGUUGUUGGUGUUUUUAUGAAGUUCUGAGCCUGGGGAAAGAAUUAUAACAGUAAUUGCUGUAAGUCCAGCUGUUUAACAGUCAGAUUUGGAAUGUACUUUAAUAUGCAAUUUAAUUAAAAUUGCUAGAUGGUACAAAAAAGUUAAAAAUUAAGUGCCCCUGAAAUACUCUUCCCCCUCCCCUCCCCCUGGCCCCACCCACCUAAUAUUAUUUUGAUCAGAGGGAAAAGGAUCAUGGAAUUAGAUCAUGAGGCUAUUCAGCCCAUCAUGCCUGUGCUGGAAUAGGCAGGUUUCCGAUAACACACACAACUAAACAUUGGAUGACCAAAUGUGGUUUGGCUCCCAUUUGACACAGUUGAUAGUACUUAACGGUAAAGCUGCUUCUGUUUUUUGUGGUUUUAGUGUAUUUCUACGCAUCCUGAGCUCCUUACACAGUAGGCAGAAACCCCACCACCAAAAGAGUCGUCGGGGAAUGCAUCAUUGCCAACUGCGGCAGCCACACAGCCGUUUAAAAAUCUGAUUUGCCCCUCAAAGUGCUGGUGUCUAGGACCAGGUUAGUGUGUGAAGUCUUUCAGCGAGGAGGAAAGGUGAGGUCCGUGGAAGGUGGAGUCUGUGGAAGGUGGGGUCUGUGGAAGGUGGGGAGAGAGUGAUGGGGUCUUGAUGGGUAUGCCAGGCGAGGGAAGAUGCACCUGUGGGGAGCAGACCUUGGGGAAGGGGUUAACGGCCGAUGUGGAAAGGGGGCCCUUGAUUCAGGUGCCACCCCCUUAAUGCCUGAGGCCUGAACAGGGUGACCUGCUAGGCUUCCCCUCCAUUCCGUUUCUAGGAAAUCUAGACUAUGUUUUUUAUUGCUUCACUCUUCAUGCAGCCAUAAAGCCCAGAAAUUUAUUUUGCAACAUUCUUUCAAAACUUUGCUCUCCAUGCCAAACCUUAUUUUUAAUACAAUUAAUAAAAAUGUUGGGUUUAGACUUUACAUAUAAAAUUAAUUUCACAAGUGGGCGCUACCAAAGGGGCACAAACUAAUUUCAUAGUCUGACAGAAUUUGAGCUUAGGGGCAGAAAUUCUCUUCUAGGAGUUUGUGCACCCCCACCCCCAUCGUCCCAACCCCUGAGAUCCGCAUGAAGAUUCCAAAGGUUCCCUGUCUUCGCAGCACAGAUGUUUUAAAGUAAAUUCAAUGCUGAUCCAUGAUGGCUACAGUACCAAGGCACAAGAGGUUUUACCUACCAGAUCCAAGUCACCAAUCGACAACUAUGCAAUCACUUUAGUCUCCAGCUCUGACCCUGAGCAGGACUUGAGGAACCAGCACUACUACAUGGCCUCAGAGGCUUAUUAUCAUUGGUCCAGUGCUGUGUUGUCAAGAAGACAAUAUCUAGCCUCAGCAAACUUGCUCCACUUAGCUCUUUUAUAAUGGCCAAGAGGAGAAUCAAGAGCUAGCACAAGUGCUAACACUAUUUGUUUCAUGAGGCUUAUGUGCCCUGGAGUUCAGAAAAAUGACUUGUGAUCCAAUUGAAACCUACAAAAAUUUGUAGUGGCUUGAUAAUGUAGAUGCUGAGAGAUUGUUUCCAUUGGUGUGGAAUCUAAGACACGGGGGCACAGUCUCAGGGUGAGGGGUCAAUCAUUUAGGACUGAGAUAAAGAGAACAAAGGAUAAUGAAUCUUUGGAGCUGUCUACCUCAGAGGGGUGUGGAUACUUCAUCGUUGAAUCCAUUUAAGGCGAGGAUAAAUAGAUUUUUGGUGUCUCAGGAGAAUCAAGGGAUAUGGGGAGUGGGCAAGAAAGUGAAGUUGAAACCCAAGAUCAGCCAAUAGCAGAGUAGGUUCGACAGGCCAUAUCUUCUACUCCUGCUCCUAUUUGUCUUUUUAUCAUUGCCCCAUCAGCUCCAAUGACAGUCUACAAACUAUAAAUGUAUAAUCUACGAACUGCAGUAGUCAGUGGUCAGGGUCAGCAGGUGUGACUGCAAGUGAGGCAGUUAGAGGGAUCCUGUGUUCAGGAACAGAGGGGCCUCAACUCUUGACCUUGUCCAACAGGUAUGAGGUACUUGCU